AUGAAAGCGGCAACAGUCACUGAGUCCAUCUUCAUCUGUUUCUUGCUGCUUCACGGUUUUGUAGAAGCACUGAAUUGCACCAGCCCGAGCCCUGAAUCUUUGUUUAAUGCAUUAGAGAAGGAAUUAUUUCCCAAAAAGCUGAUACGUCCUGUAAAAAGCUUUUCAGAUCCACUUAACAUAACCAUCAGUAUCACUGUGGUGGGAAUUUUAGGAGUGGAUGAAAAAGGCCAGACCCUGUCAAUAUUCAUAUGGCAAGUCCUGGAAUGGGAAAUAGAAGGGCUGAGCUGGGAUGAGGAGAAAUGUGGAACCAACAGAGUCUCUGUCCCUAGGGAAAAACUUUGGAGCCCAGAUGUCAAUAUCGCAGAAUUCAUGGAUGAGGACACAUCUCCCCCAACUCCCUAUGUUUACAUAUUCAACGAUGGUAUUGUUUUUGAUGAUAAGCCGGUCAGAGUGGUCAGUUCCUGCCGAUUAGGAAUCUACACAUUCCCCUUCGAUAUCCAAAACUGCUCUCUGACAUUUGGACCAUAUAUUCACUUUGAUACGGACAUAAGGAUGAUUCAAGGCAACACAGCUGCAGACAUGCUGAAGGAGUCCCAAGACGUGAUAGAGACCAAUGGGGAGUGGCAGCUCAUAGACAUCAAAGUAGAUCCACACACUCUGGUGUUACCAGGCGCAAACUACUCUCAGAUCAUUUACUAUGUUGUUUUAAGGCGUCGGCCAACCCUGUAUGUGGUGAACCUCCUGAUCCCCAGCUGCUUCCUUAUCACAGUGGAUCUCUUCAGCUUCCUGCUGCCUCCCCAAAGCGUGGACCGAUCCUCCUUCAAGAUGACCCUCAUCCUGGGCUACACGGUCUUCCUGCUCAUCAUGAACGACCUGCUGCCUGUCACUGGGGAGACGACACCUCUCAUCAAUGUUUUCUUCUCCAUCAGCCUCGCUUUGAUGGUGGCCAGCCUGUUGGAGACGGUGUUUAUCACUAAUAUCCAGUUCAGCUCCAGUCAGUAUGGCACGCUACCUAACUGGCUCAACAUCCUUGUGCUGCGUUAUCUAGCAGUCAUAGUUUGUCUCCCUCCAAAGAAAAAGAAAUCAGUAAACAAUUUCAGCCACAUCAACAGCAUCUCAGUGAAACAGCUUCACAACAUCUCUGAUGAUAAACCUUUGGAAAAACCUGCUCUGGAUCAACAGCCGGUCUUGGAUGAACUGAAGAAGCUGAGCAGGAAUCUCCUGUCCAUCCGUAUUCAAGUGGACAAACAUUUCCAGGGGUCCGAAACCUCGCAGGAAUGGUACAUGGUCGGGAUAAUUGUUGACCGUCUGCUGUUCGGCCUGUACCUCGUCUUCAUCAUAAUCAGCUUUGUUACCAUCCUGUGUAUCUGGACCUUGAGCAAUUAUGCAUGA